AUGGCGCUCUCGAUACCCUACACGUACAUUCAGUGCCCCUGUUCUGAGCGGUCCAUCAUAGACGGGGGUGGCGAGCGGUCCGGCAACGACAGUCAGGAGGAGGCGGGCGACAGCCACGACGACGACCACACCUUCGACCCGCGCGCCCCACGGUCCAACUACAGCCUGUUCCCGCUCGAGUACCUCCUCUACUGUGAGGACUGCCAGGAGAUUCGGUGUCCCCGAUGCGUCAACGAGGAGGUUGUCACGUACUACUGCCCCAACUGUCUGUUUGAAGUACCCAGCAGCAACCUUCGCAGUGACGGGAAUCGCUGCACUCGAAACUGCUACCAAUGCCCCGUGUGCGCUAGCCCCGUCCAAGUUGGUGAGGUACAGACCGACCCCGACCCGACAAACCUCCUCGGCGCAGACAAUGGGACCUCCAACGCGCCUGUCGGCCCCUUCGCUCUCUUCUGCCAAUACUGCACCUGGUCAUCGAGCGAUAUCGGGCUGGAGUUUGACCGGCCGAGCGGGAUCGCCUCGCAGCUGAACAAGCUCAGGAACGGCGGCGAACCCCGAAUCACGGCGCGCGACGUGCGCGACCGCCGCAAGGACAACCCCGACCACCCUCCCGUACCGGACGAGCUGGUCGACACGGAGCUGCAAUUCAGCAGCCUGAAGUCCUUUUACCAGACGCAGCUGGCCGAGGCCAGCGGCGGCCUGGGCAGGCCCGGCGGCAACCUGUCACUCGGCGGUGGCGCGGGCUUCUCGUCGCCCGCGGCCCUAUCGCGCAUCAUGUCGCUGUACACCACGGGACGGGGCAACCCCAACAGGCUGAAUAACGGCCCGCCCGACGUGAUGCGCGAGGCCCUCACCACUGAUGAUGGGCUCAAGAUGGCCCAGCUGGACGAAUCGGCGGCCGUGAAGAAGCUCCUGGGCGAGGGGUGGGACGGGACCGUGUCGAGGGAGCAGCGGCUGGCGCAGGUCGAGCCCUCCACAGUCCGGUUCCAGGACGACCUGCGUCCGUCGCAGUGUGUGCUCCGCACGAAGCGUUCCAAGCGGUGCGCCGUCUGCAGGCACAUCAUCUCCAAGCCGGAGAACAAGGUGGCCUCUACGCGCUUCAAGAUCCGCCUGGUGGCCAAGUCGUACAUCCCCACCAUGACCAUCCGCCCGCUCCAGCCUACGUCCAGCGGCAUCCCGGUCGGGUCACGCCCCGACGCGAGCCCCGAGAUGGCCCUCAAGCCCCUCCAGCCGUACCAGUACAUCCUCACCUUCGUCAACCCGCUCUUCGACAGGAUCAGGGUCACGCUCGCCGCGCCCAACAGCACGCCCGGCCGCUUCUCCAGCAAGGUCACGCUCCUGUGCCCGCAGUUCGAGAUCAGCGCCAACACAGACAUGUGGGACGAUGCGCUGCGUGAGGACUCGGCGACCAGCGGCAGCCAGCAGCAGCAGCCUGAGGCCGGCAAGAUAUACGACCGCGGGAGGAACUGGGUCAGCAUCGUGCUCGAGGUCAUACCGCCGUCUCUACGACCGGAGGCUCUGCCUUCCAAGACGAGCGCAGGCAAGGAGGUGGACAAGGGGCCCCUGAAGCCGGAUGAGGACAUCCUCGAGAUUCCCAUGUUUGUCCACAUGGAGUGGGAGGCCGAGGCACAACACGAUGUCGGAGCCGUGUCAAGUAGGGACAGGGAUGGUAGUGAGAAGAGGGAGCUGGCUUACUGGUGUGCUUUGGGGGUGGGACGCAUCAGUCAGGAAUAG